UUUGAUAAAUGGUCUAGAAGAGAGACAUUCCUUCUGUUGUCAUUAGCCGCUUUCUGAACUGUAGGCUGCAGUUUGUUUGACAUCUAAUAUAGUGAUAAAAUGGUUUCGUUAUCUAUAAAUUCACUGAGACAGGUGAUGCGGGCUAUGCUGGACUCUCCGGGUUUUGACCGUGUUUUAAGUAAGGUCGAGUUGGUUUCAGCCAGUCCAGGUAAAGUGGUGUGUCAGAUGAAAGUGGAAGAGGAGCACACUAACCGAGGAGGGACCCUACACGGAGGACUGACCGCCACUCUGGUGGAUGUGAUUUCUACUGCUGCACUCAUGUACACAGAAAGAGGAGCGCCUGGAGUCAGCGUCGACAUGAACAUCACGUAUAUGAAUGCAGCCAAGGUUGGAGAAGACAUCUUGAUAACCGCGCAGGUUUUAAAGCAAGGACGAACUUUGGGAUUCACUACUGUUGAUUUAACAAACAAAGUUAAUGGGAAACUGAUCGCUCAGGGAAGACACACAAAGCACCUCGGCAGCUGAUUCUUAACAUAAUGUCUGAGAAAUACUGAACCCAUGAACAUCUGUAUAUACAUAAUAUGUAAGCAUGUAAUAAAACACCACAAGAGAUUUUCAAAGCUU